AUGUUUGAAGGGGACGACACUGAUAGUGAUAUCGAGGCAUCUGAGGCUUGUCUUACCAUCCCUGACGAUGUUUUCCAAGCGGUCUCUCGAAAUUUAGCAAAUAUGGGCGCUAUUUCCUUGGAUGAAUACCUCAACUCGCACACGCAAUAUGAUAAUUUUGGAUCUAGCCAAAUUAUAGAAUUCAUAGAACCCCCAUCAGCACCAUCGCCCCCUCCCCUACUCUCUCACUUGUCGACGCCUUCAUCGAGCAAGGUCGCAGACACUAUGAAUAUCCACGCGGUUACACAGCUACAUCAAGCCUGUCAGCGCGCUUUUGGGAAAAUAGAAGCUUUGAGCUUUGAUUUUAUUGAAGAAAAUGGCCCUCAUACCAAACAGUGCAUCUUAACAGUCACUCGUCCAGAUGGACUGCAGCGAUCCUACGCGACGAAGCCAACUUUUUCGAGAAAAAAUGAAGCUAAGACUAGGGCGGCUACCAUCGCAGUCGAAAUGGGGGCCAUGGAUUUCAUCGCAGUUGGCGACCCUAAUUCUUCCAAAAUCAAGCGGGGCCUUGUGUUGGCUCCUCUCGGCCCAGUCGAGCAACGAGAGUCUGUAGACACUUCAUCACUACCAUCGGAAGACGAUGAAUCCCUGAAGGAGAUAGAGACAUGUUGCUUGGACUGGCGAGCAGGACGUGUUACGCCUCACUGGGUAGCCUUACUUGAGCACAAGCUUGGUCACAAACAAGGUUGUGCUCUCCGUAUAGAGCUCUCCCCGCAUUCACACCGAGUAUAUGCGUCUGAUACCAUUUACAAUACUUUCAUCGAAGCUAAGGUAGCGUGUGCCAAGGCUGCCAUAGACGAGGGUGUUUUGGAUUUUAUCAAGCAUGGAAACGGCCAGGCUCGUCCUGCAUCCCCUAGGCCAUUUGCCCGCCCUGAUCACAAUGACCUUGGGGAGAUAUCGCCUGCUCUGCGGCCGCCCCUGACACUCCAGAACUUUUAUGACACCCUCCCCCGACCGUUCCCAGAAUCAGCAGGGGAUAAGAGUGCGGCUGAUAUCAAUGCUCCUUCAUGGUUGAAUAGUAUGAUUCAACUUGCAAGAGGAAGCAGAUUGAGUAUGAAAUUUGUGUUCACGUCGAGCGGCACGAUUGGAUUGCAUGGGUGUCUUUUACGCAUCGAGCGGCCUGGAGAUUCAAAAUCUUAUCUGGUAGACCCUAGGUUCCCCAAACGCGCCGAUGCCAAAGCUGCUGUCUGCCUUCAAGCGAUGUCUCAGGGAGUUGGCGACUACAUACGGUCCAUCAGCGCAGCUGUCGAAGGUAAGGUUACACCUACGAUGAGAACGUGGGUGAACGAUCACGUCGUUCCUGUCCUUGCAUCUGAAUACAGCAAAAUCAAACCUGGGGCUCACCCUCAGUAUGAUUUCGAAAAGGACAAAGACGCAUAUGGUUGCACGAUGACCGUCGAGCUUUCCUCCAUAUCUAAGCCGCAAGAAACCAAGAAAUAUAGCGUUCCACCAGAUUAUCGUACAAAAGCUGAUGCAAAAAUCGGCGUAACUUGCUUAGCUGCUGAACAAGGUCUUAUUGAAUACCUUCGUUUUCGUGGUGAAGCGCCGCCGCUCGGCUAUGAAAGUCCAUUUUCAUUGCAAAAGCAUGAGCUGGAUGUUUUGCAAAGGGCCGAUGAGAAAAGAAAGGAACCUGGUGAGGUUGACGAGACUGAAGGCAAUAGAAAAGCGAAGAAAUUUCUGAGGCCUUCUGAUGACCGUGGUGACGUUUCUCUCUCUCGCGCAAAGGAAAAAGCACUAAUCCUUCGGGGUGCAGAGGCUCUCAUGGGCCGAUACCGGGGUCCGGAUAAGGUUAUCAAGAAAGGAUUUGUCAAGGGCCAACGGAAGAACGCCAGCGCUCCAGGGCUUGGUGGCACUGCAUCAACAUGGGGAUCCGCGCAAUCAGAUAAUCCAGUAGAACAAUACAACUACGGAAUCUGGAACGCUGGUGGGCCUUCGUCGACUCACGGUGGCUCUCAGGCAUCAUAUGGUGGUUAUACUUACCCAGGAAUGUCCUUUGAUAGUAACCCUUCGUUUGCGCAUACGCUUGACGGUGGUCUGGCUUUUGGGGGACAUGUGGCACCGCCUUACCCUGUGCCCAUUCCCCCAGCUCAGCCUUUCCCACAAAACGUAUACUCUACGCCGGGUUACUGCUCAGGACAACCAUAUUAUGUAAACUAUGAAAACCCAGCCACGGCGAGUUAUCCGGCUGUGCAUCAUAGCUCGUAUACAGCGCCUCCUUUCUUGGGAUACUAUCCAAAUCCCUCUACUUCUGGCACGCAGACAGAGACCUCAACUCAGCCUCAUUCUGGCUUCGCAUGUUAUGAUGGAAAUGAUCAGGGGAAAGCUGAUUUCAACUCUUCAUCUGCUACACAAGCAUCACCUCCAUCUAUUUCGGGAGUUACGGAUGUUAAUACAUCUCUAGGUGAAAGAACGAAGCUCCAGCCUGCUCAGCGAACGGGGUCUAAAGGCACCCUCUCCCGAGCAAGCGAGCCAAAGUGUACAGACAACUCCCAGCCACAUAAGGCUACCAAUUCUCCAGCUCCUGAUACCAAGAAGCAAGAAGCCAAGUCAGCCUCUAAACAUAUAACAGGAUCACAUGUAACAGCAUUACUCGAGUUCUGCAACAAGGAGGAGACACGCAGUCCUCAAUACUACAACGAAGAGAUCGUUGAUGAGAAAGGCACGACUGGAUACAAAGUCUGGAUGAUUCUAGGAAAGGAGCGAUUCGAACUUCCUACCACCUUCAAGACUUUUGAUGAGGGACGUGAACGAGUUGCUAAGCAGGUGCUUGCUCGUUUGCGCUCCAAAAAGGGCAAGAUGUGAAGUGAUACGUUCUCUACGUUUCGUGGUAACUUGCUUGUUUGGUAUAUUCCGAGUAUCCUUGCAUCUGAAUCGGCUAGGGAUACUGGAUAUCUAGACCGUCAUCAUGAUGAGGACGCAAUGUUCGAAUCCUGUAUAAGGUUUUCUGAUGUAGCUUUAUCACGUCACUGGCAAUUCGGAUGAACAUUGCAGCGCUAGUGCCUCGCAGUGCUCAUACUUACUCAUAAAUGCAAAUAAUGUAGUCGUCUGAGGAUGUAUUUACGUAC